AAAUGACGUGGAAACAAUUCAACCAGUUUUUACACUCAAAUGGCUGCCAGUCUAUCCAUUAUGCCAUCAUUGAAUUGAAUGGAGAUCCCCUUCCUAUUCAUUCUAUUUCUAUUGUACAAUCCACCCAGGCUUAGGGUAAAGACUCCAGUAUGAACAUCUCCAAUAGAAAUCUCCAAUAGAAAUCCCCGUAGGUGAUGUCAUGCGUAGAAACACAUUAUCGGGUCUAACGGUCGUCUCUCGUGCUGAACUGCGCAUGUGCAGGCCGUCAAAUCAAAGACACUCCUUUGAUAUAAAGUUGUUUUUGAGGAAAAUCAAACAUGUCAGUUUGGCACUUUCACGAGGUUGAAGUAAUAACAGGUUCAACUACUUCAGGAAAAUGCUUGAAUCUAGGUUGUGUCUUUAGAUUUAGAGAACUAAUAGAUCAUUUUUUACUUCUCUCAUUGACUUCUCAAACCCCAAACCCAGGCCUGGUCUGUUUGGUCUGUUUCGCAAGCAUUCCCGGAAGUGUCGUGCCUCUGGGUUUGCGCUUCUAGGUUUAGAAACUCUGUGCUUAGGGCCUCCAAUAUCUAUUCAGCCUCUCAUUCACCUACAAUAUCAAAUGGUUUUGUGAUGAAAAAACCAUCUGAUUCGAUGAAUAGGAUUCAAUGACUCCAUCUGUUUUAAAGCUUACAUGAUGGUCGUUAGAAUUUUGCAUUUUCUUACAGGACACAGGACUACCCAGAUAGCAGCUUUACAUGAUGGUGGUUAGGUAAUAGAGGCCAUAAGGCUAGAUUUGAGUUUCUCUACCCUCCUGGUCUCCAGGUAGGCGACCAUGAGAGUUGCCUCAUAUACCAGUAGAUACAGUAGGUCUACUGCCAAUGCUGUAUUUUAAAUAGCUUGUAUUAUGCAGUAGCUCAUGUUAUGGUAAAAAUCUAAAUAAAAAAGUAAGAGAUUUUCACUACUUCACCAGCUGCAUUAUGAGAGUUAGGCCCUGACAUGUCCCUGGAUCCAUAGGAUGAGAACCAGGACCUUGCACAGUCAUAUGACAUAUCCCACAGGGAGCAAUUGGCCGUGGGAGUGGGAUUCUCCUGAUUUUCUAUUUAAAUAUCCGUUAAACAUGGUUGCGAUAUGGAUAGAUAUCAAUGCAUGCGCUUUUUUUCAUAUGCGGGCAUUGACCGCCACCUAGUGGUCAUAAGCAUACAUCAAAAUCUGACACGUUUUUCUACAGCUUAAAAUAUUGCAACAAUGUAAUAAAACUGCGAUUUUUUUUGUUCACUGUAGACAAUCCAACAACCUUUCAAGAGCAGAAUGCUACCCAUCACAAAUAUCAGUUCUUACUUUCUAGAUUUCCAUAGAUGAAUUAACCACUCAUGAUGAGACAAGCAGGGUCGUGCAGUAAAUUAAAUUGAAUGAUGUAUUGAGGUAAUUUCAUCUGAAUGAAUGAAAUAUCCAAAAUACAUUGCAUGUAUUUUGCUUUGAGCAAAACGUUUGCCUAUGUAACCUAGCCCUCUCACUGCCUUCGCGUGGGCCAUGGCUAGAAGGGAUACAGUUUAUGUCAAAUUGACGUCUACAGUUGCAUUUUUGUUCAUUUUAGCCAUCCUAAUCAUUUUCCUAAACUUAAUUCUCCUAGCCUGCUGCGUAAAUUCUCCUAACCUGCAACUAAAAGUCAAUUCUGGUCAAUUCUGACAUAAGAUGUAUCCCUUCUAGUCAAAACUCUUCACAUGUCUUGGUCCUGUUCACCGUGUUGGUAUGGAGACAAUAAACAGGCAGCAGAGAGAAAUGGCAAUGUGAAGAUUGCGCAGGUGCGACCCUGCAAACUGGAGAACGCACCACAUCCGAUGAGUUACUAUGGCAAACUGAUCAAGCCAAACAACAACAACUUAAAAGAAGAGGCCCCCAAGCCCCCAAAGUGUGUCCAGCCAGGGCAGAGGGAGGAGGGAGACUGGGGAGCUGAUGGAAGCCCAACAACAUGCAUUGACAGUGGUGAGGGAAGCCAGCUGUAAUCAUCUGUCUGCCAAAGACAAGGAACAAAUGUAUAUACAGUAUGUAUGUACGUACACUACCGUUCAAAGAACCUCUAGGAGAGAGAGACCCCAGUAAAGACCAGCAGAGCAAAGCCCUGUGCCAGCAACACACUCAAAUGUUCCUGAACCUCACCACAGAGAAGGGCCUACAGCAAAUCCCAUCGCCACCAGGUGAGGGAAGAGUGAGGCGCAGCUUGCUCAACCUGCCCAUCAUCAACCCAGAGAGACUGCGGACAGCAAAAGUACUGGUCGACAAAGCUGUAAAGAUGCGUAUGGUGUUCUCCAUACAGGGUCCAUACCCUGUGGUUCGGGCUGCCCUGAAGGCGAGGGGUUGGGUAGAGCGCCGCCUGCCGCGCCCAAACCAGCACUGGAGCCGGUGCCGUGGAGAUGAUGGGAAUGAUGCUGAUGACAGUGAUGAUGAAGAUGACAGCCCAGACGACAGAGAGGAAGACCCAGAUGACAUGUAUGACCUCAUGUCUCGCAUGGUGAGGAACGAAACGUCAUAUUUCUAUUGGACGACGCGUAGAGAGACAGUGGACAACCGCUCAUUGCGAAAGGAACAGAUGACCAAUCACUAUGCCAAAGCAGGCACCUUCACCACCAAGGUUGGGUUGUGUGUGAACCUGAGGAACCUGCGUUGGUUUGAUGCUGCAGACCUUGACUCCUUCUUCCCACGCUGCUACAGGCUGGGGGCAGAGGAUGAGAAACAUGCCUUUAUUGAGGACUACAGGAGGACAGCAUGCACCAGCCUUAUACAGUGUGUUGUGGAGAGGAUUCGGGGUGAGCGAGGAGAGGGAGAGGGAGGUGGCACAGCUGGAUCAACUGACCAAUCAUGUCAAAGUCAGAAAAAAGCAUGCAAGCGUCGAGCCAUGUCAUUGGUGGCCUCCAAAAUGAUUGACAGUGCACUAAAAGUUUGCCAGGACUUCCUGGACAGCUUGGAACACAAUGACAUAGACAUUGCCUUGGAAACACCACCAUCCCUAACAGAACAAGAGUGGCUGGAGUUCAUCCACAAUUACUACCUGGUUGUCCAUGAUGGUGUAGAGAUAGAGGAGAGUUUUCACUAUGUGAACAGCUGUCAGGCUAUGUUGCGCAAGCUUCGUGAUGUCAAUCCACAGCUAGACACAGAUGGCAUCCACAACAUCUGGAUAGUCAAACCCGGGGCCAAGUCCCGGGGCAGAGGCAUCAUGUGUGCCAAGCGGCUGGAUGACAUCCUGAGGCUGGUGGACAGUGACCCAGCCCUGAUCAAGGAUAGUAAGUGGGUGGUGCAGAAGUACCUGGAGCGCCCUCUGCUGGUCCACGGCACCAAGUUUGACCUCCGCCAGUGGUUCCUGGUGACUGACUGGAACCCUCUCACUGUCUGGUUUUAUAAGAAGUGCUACCUACGCUUCUCCACCCAGCCCUACUCAGUUGAGACACUGGACAGUUCUGUCCACCUGUGUAACAACUCCAUACAGAAGCACUUUCAGCCCUCCCAACAGCGUCACCCAGAGGUGCCUGAGGACAACAUGUGGUCAUGUGACCAGUUCCGGGCCUUCCUGUCUGGGCAGGGCCGAGCAGCACAGUGGGGGUCUGUGGUGGUCCCAGGGAUGAAGAAGGCUGUGGUCCACGCCUUGCAGACUGCCCAAGACCUGGUGGAGUCACGCCGAGGGAGCUUUGAACUCUACGGAGCCGACUUCAUGCUAGGUCGUGACCUGAGGCCAUGGCUGAUAGAGAUCAAUGCCAGCCCCACCAUGGCCCCCUCUACAGCAGUGACAACACGCCUGUGUGCAGCCGUGCAGGAGGACACUCUACGGGUGGUCCUGGACCGUCGGUUGGACCGAGGGGCAUACACUGGGGGCUUUCAGCUUAUAUACAAACAGGCAGCAGUGGAGGUGCCUCAGUAUGUAGGGGUCAACCUGCUUGUUGAGGGCUCCCAGAUCAGACGGCCCCGCCCUCCUCAUCAAAAAGCCUCCAAACCCUCUAAGUGUCGUACCAAUCAACCAGCGCCCAGACGCCCUCCUCAAAGCAAGGAGUACGAGACUGUGGCAGAGAAACCCAAGCCGGCCCCCUCUAAGAAGGGUCUGAAGUCUGAGGUACGACACCUUACCUUCUCUGGCUUCAGAGUCCAGACCCCACUUUCUACUGAGAGGCCCCUGGCCGGGGAGUCCUGGAGGCUGCAGCGUCUGGGCCUGGUUGACUCCCUCCAGCUGCCCCCCAGGGCCCAGUCCCGCUCCAUGAACUGCUGGCGGAGACCCCAGGUUAUUGUGCCCUGGUCAGGGCGAGCACGCCCCUUUGCUACCCCUGAUAUCUACAAAGGCCCUGUCCUUCCCCUGGAGGUCAUCAGCCUUCAAGACCCAGACAGGGAGCCCAGUGCCCUGCUUGUGCCCGCUCCUGUGGUCCUCCAUGCUGAGUUCAGGUUCCAGAAGUUUCUCAGGCAACAGAACCUCCACCGUAGGGUGAUCAAGACCACAUGUGUAGGGAGAGGAAUUCACAAGAGCUCGUGACAUGGAUCGGUUUUUGAACCAUUCACUGACUGCUGCCUGAUUUUGAAAGCUGUCUUUUUGCACUCAGCCAUUAUAGGCCUACCUCAUCAUAAUAAAGUCAGUAUUGUAUCCACUUA